AUGCACCGGGGUAGUUCCGCUCGGGUCAGCGGGCUCAUGCUGGCGGGCGGUACCUCUGGAGUAGGGUGGCGAGGCGCCGCCGUGGGGGCUGCAGGCGGCAGGCAGCAGCCGCCUCGCGAGCCGCGCCAGCCGUGCGCCGCCCCAACCGCCGCGGUGCUCCCGCGCUGCCCAAACACACGCUCUUACCCACACCGCGGGCCGCGCCAGUCAACGACCUACCCGCCCGAAGCUACCCGCGACGAAUUGGAACCGCUCGACAACCGAGUGCGCCGCGCGUCGAAACGGAUCGGACGACGUUCUAAUCGAUUCGAUGGGGAUUUGAUUUUCCUUCUCGCUCUCGCCGACGUACAGAGU